AAUUAUAUAGCUUGCGUUGAUAGUUGAUACAACCCACAUUCCUGCACCUUUCCGCCCCCGUCUUUCUCCCUGGAGAAUUUUUUGUCAGACAAAUAAUCGGUGACAAUGGCGGAAAUUGUACGGACGCAUGAACGGCGCACGUCGGUGAACGGAAACGAUGAACUCGGGGAAGUAAAAUGGGCGAAGCAUUACUCUUCGAACCACCAAAUACUGUUGGUUGGAGAAGGAGAUUUCUCUUUUUCUCUGAGUUUGGCGAUGUCUUUUGGGUUUGCUUCCAACAUCGUAGCAUCUUCUCUCGAUUCUUAUGAUGUUGUUAUGAAGAAAUACAAGAGAGCAAAAACAAACCUAGAAAUGUUGUGUAAGUUUGGAGCUCAAAUACUACACGGAGUUGAUUCAACCAUAAUGAAGCUUCACAUGGAUCUUCGAAUGCGGAAGUUUGACCGGAUUGUAUACAAUUUCCCACAUGCUGGUUUUUUGGGGAAGGAAAGUGAUCACUUGGUCAUCAUGAAGCAUAGAAAUUUGGUACGUGGUUUCUUGAGAAACGCAAGUGGCAUGUUGCGUCCAAACGGUGAAAUUCAUGUGACACACAAGGCUGCUCGCCCGUUUGACUCAUGGAAUAUUGAAGAAUUGGCAACUCAAAGUGGUUUAACAUUGAUUGAAUGUGUCGAAUUCAAGAUUGAAGAUUAUCCCGGUUACAACAACAAAAGAGGAGCUGGUAGGAAUCCCGACGGAGCAUUUCCUCUAGGGGAAUGCAAUACUUUUAAAUUCAUAGUAACUUCAAAACCCUUGAAACUAUUGCGUCAAAAACCUCGAGAAAUUCCAUUACAAAGAGCGAAUGAACAGAUUGUUAUGAAUCCUUUGCAAACUGGUGAUUGCUUUUGGAUUUUCAAGGAGUAUUUCAAUCAUGCACGAUACACCUUUGGGGAACCUGAUUAUUUUCUCCCGUAUAAUGUUCCGGACAUGCUGAGAUUAGGGUUUGAAAGAUACAAUGCAGAUGAUUGUGGGAAACCCUUGGAUGGUUAUUUAAAUCAUUUGGAAGAGCUUUGGAAUUUAAGCAGAAGGAGGCUAGUAUUCUUGCGAAACAGAUUAUGGGAAAUUGAUCAUCAGUAUUAAUUAAGAGGUCAGCUUGUGCUCUCUUUUUGCUUCAUGUGGAUCACACUUUUUUGUGUCCAAGUGCUCGUAUAUAGUACUAGUAUAUAUUUGGGAUCUAGAAAAACAACUGUGAAAUCUGAUUCCUGGCUUUCCUAUGUUUUUUGGAAUGAAUUGUAGAUUUGUAGCAUUUCACAUGUUUUAUGUGAUUGUUUCUAUGUGCUAAUAUGAGAUAUCACAAACGUUAAUGAAGAUAACAA